AUGACGAUGACAAAAUCUCGGUUGCCUCAUCCAAUUACCUAUAGACACUGCAAUGCAAGAUUGUUUCAUCAUGAAUCACGUGACACGUGUUUUACUGGUGGAAAGAUAUCAUUUUCACGAGUUAAUGCUCCUAUAGAAUUGCAACAAUUAUUUUUGGAUGAUUCAGCUGAAGGAAAACAUUUUAGGCAACAUAUUCGAAGUUAUAACCAUGUGCUCUCAUUCACUUCAAUUGGUGUUCACGUUGAUGAGAAUAUUCUUGCAUCUGAUCGUGGUAUAUACACAUUUAGUGCUCAAGGUGCUUUUUACCAUAACAUAGGAGGUUUCUAUCCAAAUCAGAGUGUCAGACCGCGUUUCUUACAACUAUACAUCUACGACACCGAUAAUGAGCUACAUAAUAGAAUGCAGGAAAAUCCACAACUGCACCAAAAUAUAAUUCACAAAUUACAGAAAAUGCUCCAUCAGUUUAAUCCUUUUGUAAUUAGGUUCAAGCAAUUGUCACUAUUUCCAAAUAUCAGUGAAUGUAGCAUCAUACUUAAGGAGCGUCCAAAUUCUAUGGAAUAUGGAAGGGAUAUUAAUGUCAUUCGUCAUGAUGGAAAUCUCAAAAAAGUUCAAGACACAAAGGGAUAUUAUGAUCCUUUGCAAUAUCCUAUAUUAUUUCCAUUUGGGACGCAUGGUUGGGACAUCAACACAACAAAUCGUAAUGGACGAAGAGUGUCAUAUCGAGCGUAUUACAGUUACAUGCUUCAGAUUCGUCCAAAUGACCAAUCAAUUUUGUUAAAUGCGGGCCGACUAUUGCAACAAUAUGUUGUAGACAAUUAUGUAAAAAUUGAAUCUGGGAGGUUAAGGUGGAUUAAAGAUCACCAAAGGGAUAUACGUUCUGAAUUAUACCAAGGUUUACAGGAUUCUUUGCAUGUUAGUGAAACUAAUGCAGAUACAAAUUCAUAUAGCAUAAAUAUAUAG